AUCCUCAAGGGGUCAAGCACUGGAGUGGACCACUGCGUUGUGAUGGGAAGUGAGAGGGGCGUGAUGCGGAUGCUGUUGGAAUGCAGUCUCAGUGACAAGUUGUGUAUUAUCCAGGAACAGCAGUAUGAAAUCAUCAUCAUCCCUACCUUCCUGGUUGGUACCUUCCUCAUCCUCCUUGGCAUCAUCCUGUGGCUUUUUAUCAGAGAACAGAGAGCCCAACAGCAGUCUCCAGGACCUCGAGGUGUUGCCCAUGUACCUCUAUCUGGGAACCUAAGCCAGGAAGCAGCAGGACCUGGGAAAACUGUGUUUGUACCACUUGAGGAGACCUCGGUGGAAAGCCUUCUGCGAACUUCUGCACAAAAAAGGUCUAGAAGUUCAAUCCCUAGAACAGUGACAUCGAAGAUCAUCUAAUUGAUUCCCUUUCUGUUUACUUUUGGUCUAUGCUCAUUCCCCUUUGGGAUCUUGAAACCUACCAUCCGAGGUUGCUUCCUGCCUCAUACUCCCCACUUUAUUGGUGACACUGACUACUCAUUCCGCCUGGUUCUUCUGUCCCCCACAGAACCAACUGGGCUCCAAGAGGUGCAGGAUUUCUUAGGGCGAAUCCAAUUCUAUCAGUACUUGGGGAAGCACAAGAACCUGGUACAGCUGGAAGGCUGCUGCACAGACAGGCUGCCGCUCUACAUGGUAUUGGAGGAUGUGGCCCAGGGAGACCUGCUCAGCUUUCUCUGGACCUGUCGCCGGGAUGUGAUGACCAUGGAUGGUCUUCCCUAUGACCUCACAGAGAAACAAAUAUAUCACAUUGGGAAGCAGGUCCUUUUGGCUUUGGAAUUUCUCCAGGAGAAGCGUCUGUUCCAUGGCGAUGUGGCAGCCAGGAAUAUUCUAAUCCAGUGUGACCUCACUGCUAAGCUCUGCGGGCUGGGCCUGGCUUAUGAAGUUCUCUCCCGAGGGGCCAUCUCCUCCACUCAUGUCGUACCUCUCAAGUGGCUUGCCCCGGAACGGCUUCUGCUGAAACCAGCUGGCAUCAAAGGAGACAUCUGGUCUUUUGGGAUCCUGCUAUACGAGAUGGUGACUCUAGGAGCACCUCCAUAUCCUGAGGUCCCUCCUACCAAUAUCCUACAGCAUCUCCAAAGAGGGCAAAUCAUGGAGAGACCCAGUAGUUGCACACAUACCAUGUAUGGUCUCAUGAAGUCCUGCUGGCGUUGGAGUGAGGACAGCCGCCCCUCACUUCGAAAGCUACACUCAUGUCUCGAAACUGCUGCUCAAAGUGCAAAUGACAAGGCUGUGUUGCAAGUACCAGAGUUGGUGGUACCUGAACUGUACGCAGCUGUGGCGGGUAUCAGUGUGGAGAGUGUCUCCUACUGCACCAGCAUCUUAUGAAGGUCCUGGGACAACACCUACUUUGGGGAGAUCGUAUACUCUUGAAACCAGUUCCUCCAAGAACAAAGACUUUAGUGGGAGUUAAAGGGAGAAAUGGGACAUGGAUCUUGAAUCUUCUCCUACACAUUUCCCUAGAAACCAGAAAUGAUGCUGGAUGAGGCUGCCCUCACCAUGUACCCUU